AUGAACAGACAAGUCUGCAAGAAAUCCUUCAGUGGCAGGAGCCAGGGCUUCUCCGGCCGCUCUGCUGUGGUCUCUGGCAGCAGCAGGAUGAGCUGUGUGGCCCGCUCUGGGGGAGCCAGUGGAGGGGCCUGUGGGUUCCGGAGUGGGGCAGGUGGCUUUGGCAGUCGCAGCCUCUACAACCUGGGUGGCAACAAGAGCAUCUCCAUCAGUGUGGCAGCUGGAGGAUCCCGGUCUGGUGGCUUUGGUGGAGGGCGUAGCAGCUGUGGCAGUGGCUUUGUGAGCAGCUAUGGAGGCAGCUUUGGUGGUGGCUAUGGAGGUGGCUUUGGUGGUAGCAGAGGAAUGGGAGGUGGCUUUGGGGGAGCUGGUGUCUUUGGAGGGGCUGGUGGCUUUGGAGAAGCUGGUGGCUUUGGUGGGCCUGGUGGUUUUGGCCCUGGUGGCUACCCCGGGGGAAUCCAGGAAGUGACUGUCAACCAGAGCCUCCUGCAGCCCCUCAAUGUGGAGAUUGACCCCCAGAUUGGGCAAGUAAAGGCCCAGGAGAGGGAGCAGAUCAAGACCCUCAACAACAAGUUUGCCUCCUUCAUCGACAAG